AUGAAACUUUGUUUCAAUGUGAAGGGGGUCCUACUACUUGUAUGUGUGUAUUUGCUUCAUACAAUUGUAGACUCCAAAAAUGUUUCCACUGAUCAAAGCCAAUGUGUGAGAAAAAGGUAUCACAAGUUGAAAGGAGCAUGUUUGCAUUUCUUUCUUUCCACUCCAUGUAACAAUGUCGAUAGUGAUAAAUAUGCUUUAAGGAGGUUAUGGACGUCUGCCAAAUUGUGCAAGCGUGGGAAGUGCAGUAAGAAAAGGCAGAUAACGAACGUCCAAUCUGGUAGAAGUAGUGUCCAAUAUAAUGAAGAUGUAUUCCAAAGGGGAAAUGUUGUGAGCAAUAAAAAAAUGAAAUUAAUAAUUCGCCAACUGAACCGAAGCAAGUGGUACGACUUCAAAUUUUUUUCCCCAGCAAAAGUUAAUUUAUUUUUAAGACUAAAAGAAAGAAAGGAGACCCAUAAUGAAUUAUCAACUUUGAUGCAUUCGAUAAAUUUAGGCGAUGAUAUUUUUAUAACUGCUUUGAGUAAGGAAGACCAAAGGAAGUUAACAGAGCUGCUAUUUCCAUGCCAGUCUGGCGAUUUCUUAACCAUAAAGAAGGAUGAAGAGUACGAGCAGGAGCAAGAAAAUGAGGACAUGAACUCAGGACGGAGAGACGAAGACACUAGGUAUUCUUACAAGCAUUAUCCACUAAAUGACGAUAACAUAAUUGCAAAGGUGUUGAGACGAUACAGGGAAGAACUAAAUAUACGGGACGAUGUGAAAUUUUUAAUUCAUGUGGUGAAGCGCAUUCCCAUUUUUAGUGGAAUAGGUGGAGGGUCGUCUAAUGGAGCUACCCUUUUUUAUUUCUUGGAAAAAUAUUACUACAAAUAUUUAAAAACAAAUCAGUUAGGGAACGAAUUUUUAAAAAGAAUAGGCAGCGACAUAUCCUUUUUCAGCAGCUCCGGUUUUGCCUACUGUACUGGCAAGGGCAAUGAUGUCAUCGAUUUAAGUGAUGCCGAGGCAACAAUUUCGGGGCGCAGAAUAUAUAUUUUUCAAAUCAACGAAGGACUGUCCUCUAGGCUGGUCUAUGAAAAUGUUGAUUAUAACCAGAUAGUGCAGUAUAACCCUGUGAGUUUGUUGAAACAGUUCCUAGUAAACGCGGACAGGUAUAAUAUGGUCAAGCACGUGGAAGAAGCGGAGCGCAGUUAUUUGAGUCGGUUCGUGCCACUGGACGGGACAACUCCAAUGAAUAGUUUUAUAAACGACUUGGAACUUCCUGCGUUUUUUUUACUUAAAAAGUUGAAAUGUUUGAAGGACUUUUUGCUUAAUCAAAACAUUUUCGAUGCUGUAACGAUGAGUGGAAGUGGCUCAUCAUUAUUUGCACUGACAAAAAAUAAUAUGAGUUUAGAUGAGAAGAUGCACGUGAAAAAUAUGAUAAAGCAAGUUCGGGAAAUCUUGCAGGUACCUGUAAAGGUUUAUUUGUGUAGCGCUUUAAGGAAGACUGAGGACCAGUGGUAUAGACCAGGCCAGCUCGGGCAGAGGGUGACCUAG